GGAUCAGCAGACCAUUUGCAAAACCAUUCUGCUUAUAUUUUUUAUUCAUCCUAUUUUUAACAUUCUUUUCAUAGUUUAUCUUUAGGCAUAUGCCGAUCGUUUGGACCAUCCAUACCCAGCUAUCAGAUUUAAGAAGGACGACGAAACACUUAAGAAACUACGAAUCAAGGAAAAGGAUGACUGGCGUAAACUGGCGAUGGACGAAAAGAAAGCUUUGUAUCGAGCGAGUUUUGCUCUGACGUAUGCGGAAAUACUUGCGCCAACGGGGCAUUGGAAAAUGAUUCUCGGCGCCCUGUUGCUUGCAAUAUCGGCUGCAACCUGGUACAUGGUCUUCUUAAACAAGUAUUGUUUUCUGCCUCUUCCUCCUUGGUAUACUCAAGAAGCGAAGGAGCAGAUAAUGCAGAGACAUAUUGAUGUAUUUGCAGAACCGUUCACGGGAUUUUCGUCGAAAUGGGAUUACGAAAAUAACAGAUGGAAGGCGUAG